AUAGUAAACGAGUGCAGUGAAGAGUGAGUGACCUUGCAGCUGCUGCAGCAGCAACAACACCCAGCAGCAAUAAAAGCUCCACUCUACUCACCUCACUUCCUUCUUCCUCUACAUUUUCUCUCUCCUCCAUUUUUCUCUCUCCUCUCUCUUUUUUCUCUCUCCUCCAUACCUGCGCUUUUUCAGUUCUCGUCGUCUCAGAUCUCUUGCCGCACUUCGUGGAUCUUACUGCGGAAAAUCCUGCAUUCAGUGCACCAAUUUCGAAGCUAGGGUUUAAAUUUUUACAAUUUCGCUUGAGCAAACCCUAAAAUUAAUGGAGAUUUUGGAAUUUGUUUACUGUCGGUGGAGACUUUAUUGGAAUACUGGAUGUUUGAGUGCGCCAUUGUUGGAAUGUUUAAGAUGAUAGUUUUGUUGCAAUUGUUGUGUUGCUACUACUACUGUGGAGUGUGGUGUGUGGUAGAAGAUGCGACUUUCAGUGUUGUUGCUUCUCUUUGUUUCGUCGGUGUUUCGGCUUGCUGAUUUUUCUCACGGAUUCAAAUUUGCACACAUAUACUUGUCUCCUCUUGCGCUGCCUAGCCAAUUUUUACUUAAGAGAGAUUUUGCAUUGUCUGCAGCCUCUUCCAGUGGUAUAUCAUCUUCUCCUAGAGCCAAGCACUUGAUGCGGAGGACUAAGCCAUCUGAAGGACCUUCAGCUGCACCCUCACCAUCUCCUGCAUAUCAAGGUCCUGUUGCUGCUCCCCAUCAUAGAUCCUUCCGAAGACAUCGCCGGCAUCGUCAUAGGCUGAGCCCCCAUUACCACCAUAGCUCUCCACCCCCUAGUGCUGCACCAGGUUGUGGUCCAAUAUGUUUGGAUCCACUUACAUCUACUCCCAUUGGAACUCCUUGCGGGUGUGUUUUUCCCAUGAAAGUCAGGCUUUUGCUGAGUAUUGCUGUUUAUGCUCUCUUUCCGGAGGUUAAUGAGCUAGAAAUUGAGGUUGCAUCAGGCACAUAUCUCAAGCACAGUCAAGUGCAAAUAGUAGGGGCAACUGCUGAUUCCCAGAAUCAGGAGAGGACACUAGUUGAUAUUAACUUGGUUCCACUGGGUGAGAAGUUUGAUAACACCACUGCUAUAUUGACUUAUGAGAGAUUGAGGCGAAAGGAGGUGCCUCUUAAUAGAACUCUUUUUGGUGACUAUGAUGUGAUUUAUGUUAAUUAUCCAGGGAUUCCUUCAUCAUUUCCUUCUGGGAGCUAUGUUGGUAGUCCAACUGGAAGUAUUGGCGAUGGAGCAGACCCAAUUACUGCAAAUUUUCUGAACAAAAAUCAGAAAUUAAGUUCAAAAAUUGUCUUUGUUAUUGUAUUUUCUGCAUUGGUUCUAUUGGUGGCUCUCUGUGCAGCACUUUCUGUACUCAUAAAAUGGAGAAAGACUAGGAAACCGUCAAAUGCAAUUGGACCUGUAUUCACGCCAUCUAUCAAUAAGAAAACUGGUAUUGAUUCUACUUUAUCAAGUAGCUUAGCAAGCUCGACAUCCAUGUCCCUCUUUGCAUCGAUUCCGACUUGUGCACUCUCUGUGAAAGCUUUUUCACUUGUUGAACUUGAGAAGGCUACAGAUAAAUUCAGUUCAAGGAGAAUUCUGGGUGAAGGAGGGUUUGGGCGUGUAUAUCAUGGCAUUCUGGAAGAUGGAACUGAGAUUGCAGUAAAGUUGCUUACUCGGGAUAAUCAGAAUGGGGACCGUGAAUUUAUUGCAGAAGUUGAGAUGUUGAGUCGAUUGCAUCACCGAAACCUUGUGAAACUAAUUGGUAUUUGCAUUGAGGGACACAGGCGUUGCUUGGUAUAUGAGGUUGUACAUAAUGGCAGUGUUGAGUCUCAUUUGCAUGGUGUUGAUACAGUAAAGGGGCCUCUCGAUUGGGAUGCAAGGUUGAAAAUUGCUCUUGGUGCUGCGAGAGGAUUGGCUUAUCUGCAUGAGGAUUCUAAUCCUCGAGUAAUCCACCGUGAUUUUAAGGCCAGCAAUGUUCUGCUAGAAGAUGACUACACCCCUAAGGUCUCAGAUUUUGGAUUGGCAAGAGAAGCUACAGAAGGAAGCCAGCAUAUAUCUACCCGUGUUAUGGGAACUUUUGGGUAUGUUGCUCCUGAGUAUGCAAUGACUGGGCAUUUGCUUGUGAAAAGUGAUGUUUAUAGUUAUGGGGUUGUCCUAUUGGAACUUCUCACUGGACGAAAGCCUGUGGAUAUGUCCCAGCCUCAGGGACAAGAAAACCUAGUAACAUGGGCACGACCUCUUUUGACCAGCAGAGAAGGUGUGGAGCAAUUGGUGGAUCCUGCACUGGCUGGAACAUAUAAUUUUGACGAUAUGGCAAAGGUAGCUGCAAUAGCUUCCAUGUGUGUCCACUCUGAAGUGACUCAUAGGCCCUUCAUGGGUGAAGUUGUACAGGCUCUCAAACUGAUAUACAAUGAUAAUGACGAGACUUGUGAAGACUGCGGUAGUCUAAAGGAUUCUUCAGUUCCAGAUUUGGAUUCCAAAAGUGAUAUUGGACCAUCUGAUAGCGGGUGGUGGAAUGCAGGUGGUGCUACACCACAUUUAAUGUAUGGACAGGCUUCAUCAUUCAUAACUAUGGACUAUAGCUCUGGUCCCCUUGACGAGAUAGAAAACAGACCAUUUUCAACAUCAAGCUUGGUGGGAGAAGGGGUAUCUUUGCCUAUAACACAUGGUAAUAGAUCUGGUCCUUUAAGAACAAUUAAAAGCAAGCCAUCAUUCUACCGGUUGAAAGGUAGUAUGAGUGAACAUGCAGGCUUCCUCUCCAGACGAGGUCGGAGUGAUGGCUUCUGAGUUUGAAGGUUUUAUAUGUAAAAGAAAAGGUUUUUCCUAAGUGUACAGUUUGGACGACCUGGGUGUCUCAGAAAAUGGUUUUUUCUGGUGUAGCUAGCAUAGAGAAUCUAGUAUUAUUGUGUACUCAUAUUUUGAGGAAACCCAUGGUUUUCAACUUGAAAAUCAAUUCAUUACCAUACAGAGCUGGCAUUUGUAAGUCGAUUGGACACUCCCUCCUUUUAAGUAUAUAAUUUUCCAACUUUAUUUCUUGA